AGCCGUUGCCACCGUCCAAAUCUGAGGUUCUAGCGGCGCACCCUCCAGAAAUAGCUGCAGUUCCUUUUUAGCGCACUUCCGUCAGUGGCUGGCCGCAUGCUUGUACAUUCAGUAGACACUGAUGUCGCAUUUAGGCGGCCAGUCAAGACCCCGUAACAUUUCGUAUUGGACCGCUGAGAUCCAGCGCCGUGGGGAAAAAGGGAAAAAGGUGCAGCGGGCGGAGCGAAUGAGACGCUCCGGUGCCUGCUUUGGGGUUUCUGCCAGGGACCUUUUUCAGCGCCAAUUUGCGGGGAGGGGCCGCCGCUGAUUUGCUGCUAUAUAAUGCGGCCUAGGCGCAAGCUUCGGCACAUCGCCCACCUUAUCUUAUCGGGGCGAGGCUGUCAUCGUCACUGUGCCGAAGCUUCGUCUGCAUUCAAAACAACAAAGGCGCCAUCUUCGGCGCGCGCGCGACCACAACCACUUAAUCCAUCUUCCACACAGAAAAGAAGAAGAAAAUGGAGGUCGCAGAGGGUGAAGCAAAAGUCAGCCCUCUCGACAAAGAAAUUACAUCUCUCAAAAAACAAGGUAAGCAGCGCGAUCAAGUAGCAAACAAAAUAAACACACAAAAAAAAAAAAAAAGCUAACCAGCUUCAACCAAAAAAACAGCCGCAAACCUCCGC